UUGCUUCUAGCACCAUCUUUAACAAUCUCUUUCCGGCUAGCUUUCGAAGAAAGAUGCCUUCCGUAACGCUUAAGGACGUUGAUCAACACAAAUUCGUAAAAGCUUUUGCCGCGUUCUUGAAAAAGACAGGUAAAAUGCGAGUUCCAGAAUGGGUAGAUAUUGUAAAAUCUGCACGAUUCAAGGAACUUGCUCCAUAUGAUCCAGAUUGGUAUUAUAUUAGAUGUGCUGCUUUAGUUCGUCAUAUUUAUAUUCGAAGUCCAAUUGGUGUUGGAGCAGUAACAAAAAUUUUUGGAGGACGCAAACGUAAUGGUACUCAUCCUAGCCAUUUCUGUCGAUCGGCAGGUGGUGUUGCUCGCAAAGCUCUACAGAGUUUGGAACAACUCAAACUCAUUGAAAAAUCUCCAGUUGGUGGACGUAAACUUACCAGUCAAGGCCGUAGAGAUUUAGAUCGCAUUGCUGCCCAAGUCAAAGCAAAAAGCAAAAAACAACUUAAGUUACAAGAAACUCUUGUUCUCUAAUUUCUCUAUUUCUAUAAUAAAAAUUAAAAAAUCGUACAUUUA